GGUGACGGCGUCGUGGACAAACAUUCGGCAACGAUGUUUAUCCUGGUGACCUGCGAACUGACCACGAGCACAGGUCCUACGGUCGUGGGAGACGCGACUUCCGACGUGGUGCUGAUGGAGUCCUUGGGGGCCUCCUUGGUGCAAGGCAAAUGCCAAUCCUACCGACACUAUGUGACCCCUUGGGCACCCCGUUUGGUGCUGGAUGAGCUCAACCGACAAGGCUUCGAAUUCAAAGGCAUGAGCGGCAUCGGUCAGACGUUGGUGUGGACGUUUUGCCGGCCGUAACCAGAGGAGCUACCCGUUACCAGCCCUAGCUGGCGUGAAUCAUGUCGUUAAGGGCAGCUCAGUCCAUUCAUUCGAUACACCUUUUUUCUCGUUGGCGCUACUAUUAUACGUAUACUACUCGUUAAUGGAAACUCAUUGUUAAUACAGGUACAUAUACUAUACUUGAGUCUUAAAAUAACAUAAUCAUUAAGUAAUGUAUAGAAUUACGACAUGAGAGAGUUUCUCAGUUUGGCCUUCAGGAUUCUGCAUGCAGAAUGGUUGAUGACGAACAGAUUGUAAAAAACUGCAUCAAAAUCGGCUCACUGGAAAAUUUCUUUGCAUUCUAACUUACGGAAUGCGGUGCAAUGACCCAGAGAAUAUUAACGAGAGGAUCAUAUGCUAUCGGACCAAAUCCACAGCCGUUAUAAUUGUU